CAACCGCCGAUUGGGAUCUUUACUCGUCUAGGUUCCAGACCUAUUUAAGUAGACAGUGCCGCGAGUUCACAAGGGAGACAGAUAUCUUCGUACCGCUUAUUUCCGAUUUGAUCUUACAAUCUCACAUAAAAGACCAUGGCCGACUCUAUCACCGAGUUCAAGCUGCCCCUCAGCGGAAAGCUCGCCCUCAUCACCGGCGCAUCUAGGGGUAUCGGUGAAGGUAUUGCAUUCGAGCUCGCCCGCCGCGGCGCCUCGGUAAUCCUCGCUUAUUCCUCGCCUGACAGUACUCCCAAAAUCGAGUCUCUCAUCCAGAAAAUCCAGUCCCUGCCCCACAAGCCCACCGCAUACCCGGUCCGCGCGGAUCUCACCAGCCCGACCGGCCCGCAAGACAUCAUCUCGUCCCUCGUCGCCUGGUCCGAGUCUCAGAACCAAAAAAAGCUCCAACUCGACAUCCUCAUCAACAACGCGGGCCUCCAACUUGUCAAACCCGUCGGUAACAUCACAGCGGACAACUACCACAAAAUCUACAACCUCAACGUGCUCGCCCCCCUGUUGCUCACUCAAGCGGCCCUGCCUCACCUCAACCCCGCGGGACACAACCGGAUCAUCAACAUCGGCUCCGUGGCCGCGCGCGGGGGGUUCAAAGAUCUCAGCUUAUACUGCUCGUCCAAAGCAGCGCUGGAGGGUUUGACAAGGUGUUGGGCUGCCGAGUUGGGGGGCGAUGGGACGACGGUGAAUUGUGUCAAUCCGGGACCGGUGCAGAGCGAGAUGUUGGACGGGAUUCCGAGGGAGAUUGUCGAGAUGCAGAGGAAGAACACGCCGGUCGAGCAGAGGAUUGGCACGGUGGGGGAGGUAAGUAAGAUUGUUGCUGGGUUGGCAGGGGAGGAUGGAGGGUGGGUUUCCGGGCAGGUUAUCAGUGCUAGUGGGGGCUGGGCUAUGUACUAAUUAUGGGGACUUUGAAGCGUACGGUACCUAAGUAUUUUGGUGAUAUUAUCGAGAGUACGGAGCGGCAUUUAUAGGGAUCAGACUAUACAGCUAAGGUAUAGCUGUGUUGUAGGGAACUUUCGCGAUAUUAUUGUCUCGGCAACGUACCUUGGUCUAUCUACUUACCUUUACUUGAGCUUGGGAUGAGAAUACGAACACGCAUUACAAUCACUAUGGAAAUGGUGGCCUCAUGGUACACAAGGGGGUUGGGCACAUAUACAUAUUCAGUUGGUGUUUUGGCCGUUUGGGACUUACAACUCCCGAAACAACAAUGUAGCCCAGAUGCCAGCUAAUCAAAAUGCUACAAUUGCAAGGCAACCUGAAUAUUACCCGCAUGAUCCAGAC